CGAACUACGAAAUGGAAGGAAGGAGGCGUGCGCGCCCACGAGUCACGUCCCGACCGGGCUCCGCCUCUCGUCCGUGCACACCGCUGUGCGGGUCGAGAUAGGUAUAAAGGGUGCGCGCGACCGGGUGGAGUCGUCCACGUUCCGCGGUGGACAUGGACCGCCCGUCGCUCUCGCCUCCGCCGUACACAGCGCAUGCGCACGAUCUCAAGAUGAACGCGCCUGCCGCCGCGCCUAUGAUGGAAGAAAAACCCGUACCACCUGCUCCCGAUGCGACUGCGGGUGGAUCUGCAACACCGUCUCAGGUGGAAUCUCAAGUGACCGGGCCUUGCGAUGGUGGACUGCGCGCCUGGUUAUGUGUCUUUGGAGCUUUCGUCGGUCUGUUUGCCACCUUUGGGCAGAUCACGUCCUUCGGAACGUACCAAGCGUACUACUCCUCGCACCCACACCUUUCGCGCUAUUCGCCGUCGACUAUCGCAUGGAUAGGAUCGGCGCAGCUAUGGAUGUGGUUCUUCUCGGGAGCGUUCGUCGGCCGAGUGUCAGACAAGCACGGGCCAUUCAUUGUCAUGGUCGGCGGCACGUCAAUAUGCUUCUUCAGCCUCGUCGCGACAAGCCUCUCCACGCAAUACUACCAGCUCAUCCUCGGACAAGGCUUUCUUUUCGGCCUCGGCACUGGCAUGAUAUUCUAUCCCUCUCUGGCUGCCGUAUCCACGCAUUUCUCCAGAAGACGCGCCACCGCCCUCGGGAUCGCCAUCUCAGGGUCGAGCGCGGGCGGCGUCGUGUUCCCGCUGAUCAACUCGCACCUGCUCCACGCCACGAACGCGCGCACUACGGCGCUCGUCAGCGCCGGUAUUACGACCGCCUGCUGCAUCGUCGUCCUCCUCACUGUCCGCAAAUGCGAAACCUCAACCGUCACCCCGACCGCCGCCGCCGUCAUCCCUUCACCGGCUUCCUCAGAUGACGCCGAGAAGAAGGAGGAAGGAGGAGGAGAAGCGCCCCAUCGGAGAUGGGCGCCGUGCGAUGUCAGCUUGCGCAGAGCCACGCCGUUCUUCUGGCUCACGGUUGGCUCCGUCUUCACUUGCUUCGGCAUAUUCAUUCCGAACAUCUACAUCGUCGACUAUGCCAACGCGCUCUCGUUCUCUCCCUCCCUCGUCUCCGCGGUCCUGCCCGCCCUCAACGCGGGCUCCGUCUUGGGCCGGAUUCUGCCCGCGCUCCUCGCGGACUCCCUCGGGCGCUACACCCUCCUUGCGCCCUCCGCGCUUCUCUCGGGGCUCGCCUGCCUCGUGCUCUGGCUGACGGCGCGUACGGUGGCGGGCGUGCUCGCCUUCGCGAUCGCGUACGGCUUCUGCUCCGGCGCAUUCACCGCGCUCGUCACGCCCUGCGUGGCGCAAAUUUCCGAGCCAGGCCAGGUCGCCACCCGCCUCGGCAUUCUGUACUCCAUCCUCUCCAUCCCGGCGCUGACGGGCGGGCCGUUGGCAGGCGCGCUCAUACGGGAUCAUCACAUGGACUACACCGCUCCGAUCGCGUUCGCGGGGACGACGAUGGUCCUCGGAUCCGUUUUCCUCCUCGUAGCACGCGUAGCUGUCAGCAGAGACCUUCGAGCUAGAGUAUGACAUCCCGACGAAUUCGAAUUACGAUCUUGACACGACCCUCACAAAUACGGUAAAUUAUUCUGUAUGUACCCCGGUGCCCGAUACUCGGCCGAAUGUAUCCACUAUUCAGUACUAUCAC